AGCACUCGUCAAUAGGGUAAGGACUUAGUUGCCAACUGAGGCAUAGUUUCAAGCUUAUAUAUUCAAAAGAAGUGUUCGCGCUAUCAAAGAACGCAAAAUGUUGAAAAUCGCAUCCUUGUUCCUGCCCCUGUACGGCGGGGGCGUCGUCUGGCAGAUACAACUUUCCGCAUUUAAUAUCGCAGUCCUGGCCGCGGAACAGGAGCAACCAGCCGAGAGCGAAGCGGUGUUGGCACAAUACCUGCAGAAAAUGAUUCAAGCCGAGCGGGAGGAACAGGAACGCGAGGCACAAAAGGAAAAAUUGCGGAUGAACACCAUGGGCGAUAAUCAGCAGGCGACUUACGCCGGUGCAGCACUGAAGUCGGAGGACAUGCAGUCCGGUGGCGCCGCAAAGGAUGAUGAAAGCAAAACUUCCGCAGGCAAGACGGCUCGAAACGUUCGUGUGCCUGCUUCGUCCGAGGUCGCCACCAAAGUAGACAAUGCUGGUUCAACAUCUUCGCAAAGCUCUGGCGGACGAGGAGUGUCGGAACGACAGGAAGUGGUAGCACGACUCCCAGCGGAGCAGCAGCGGCCAGUAGCGAUGGCUGAGAAAAACGAUGAGAUGAUGGCCGCCCUGCUGUUGCAAAGGCUGUUGGGACAACAGAAUGAGAAUGCGCAAGGCACAACUCCAGAUGAAGUGCAGGCAACGCCAGCUGGAAACUUUGUCCCCAUAGUCCGACGGAGCGGUCCCGGGGGCGCUCCGAUGAUCGGAUUUCCUGGAGCUGUCGAACAACAGCAGGAGGUGCCGCAGCCGCGGGAACCAGCACAAGGGCAGCAUCAACAAACAGCGCAGGAGGCACAAGAGCAGCGCGCUCCGGAAGAGGUCUUCGUCGUGACGCAGCAGGGGCAGCCCCCGCGCGUCAUCGUGAUGCGGCCUCCCAGCCCGGACGGUCGUAGCGGCGGUGCCAGCAGUGCGGCGCGCGCGCCGAUGCCGGCUGCGAGUCCUGCUCCCGUUCGGAAGCAUGAAGAUUCCCCACAGGAUGAAAACCAGGAGCUGCUCGCGAAGCUGCUAGCUGAGUUGUCGCAGUCAGGUGGCGGAAGUGAUGCUGCAGAGCACGAGGAUGCAGCUUCGGUGCCUGGAAGCCACUAUGCUGGCAGCGGAGGAAUGGGACACCCGCAGGGCGGUCGUUCGGGGGAAAAGCAGCAGCCGAACGGGCAGGCAAAGCGGAGUCAGGAAAGUGCCCCUGUCGUUGCUGCGAAAAGCAGUGGCGUCGGCGAACAGGAACCGGACCAGGCGCUUUCUGCACUGCUUGCCCCGUUACUGGCAGAUGGGCCGCCCGGAGCCCCCGCGGACGAGCAGAAACAAGAUGGUGCGCAUGCGGAAGAGGAAGACGAGGCACAAGCACAAGGCUCUACAGAACGGGAACAGCAGUCCAAGACACAUCCCACGUCCUCUGCCCCGGCGGCAAGUCCGCAAGAGCAGUUGCAACUUGCAGAGGCCCUGGCGAAUCUGGGGCUCCUCACGGGUGCGGGCGCUGCUGCAGCGGAGCCUGCGGAAGGUGGCGGCGCAUCGGCGCAGGGAGUGCGGCAGAGACGACCGAACACGAAAAACACUGACGCACGGAUUGAAUCGGCGCCUACUGGAGCUUCAGAACAGGAAGAGCAGCAAGCCGAAGGGGAACCUGAAGCGCAGCCCGAAAGUAGUUCUACUCCGGAGCAGCAGCAAGACUCCACGACUGCGUCCUCCGUGCAGGCGGCACCUGCUGCUGCCCCCGUUGACCAGCAAAGCUCUGCGCAGCGAAGUAGCGAUCACGACGUGGGGCAACAAUUGCUGGCGCUGCUGAAAGAACGCGGUUUACUGCUGCCAGAAGCUGCUGGAAGUGCGGUGGAUGCUCCCUCGCCGGCCGCCCCAUCAUCCGACGCUCAGGCAGCUUCCGCGUUCCUGCAACUCCUGCAGGAGGCCCUGCUUGCAGGAGGGAGCGUGCGGGUGCUUACCCCGGACGAGAAAGAAUUCCACCAGGACGAGGCGGCUUCGAAAGCUGAAUCGAAAGAGCACGUGGCGGAGGGGUUCAACCUGGACUCAAUCACGGAGUGCGGCCCGGGUUUGGCCUGUCCGGGGCAAGAGGAGGCUGAGCCAAAACCCGCACGAAAAACGGACUCCUUCCUGCAGAUGAACGUCGGUGGCAGUGGGGAUGCUGCCGUGGCACCAGCGGCGGGCGGUGGGGAUGCUGCGGUGGCACCGGCGGCGGGCGGUGGUGGUCGAAGCAAAGGCGGGCUGAGGAUCAUCAGACUGCAGCGCCGGUCGCGAGACCCAUCACAGGGUGGUGUCUUACCCCAACAGGAUCCCAGUUCCGACAGCGGGAACCAGGCAGCAAUGCCGUCGAAGGACUUUUCUGAGCAGGAGCGAAUGGCGGAGGAGGAAAAUUUUGCGGUGAACAACGAAGAAAGGGGUGCCUCAUCGAAGGGUCCGCCACGGGAUGAUCCAUCACAGACCCAAAUCACGAAUCCGGCAAGUGCGAACAAUAAUCCGCCACAGCUGCUUGCCUCGGAGCAGUCCACGAUGACCGACACGCGGGAUGCGGCACAGCAGGCAACGCAGCAGCCCGCGACGGCUAGUGUUUCGCAGGAGCAUGAUUCGCAACACGCGAAUCCGGCACAGAACGCCUAUGAGAACUACACCCCGACGAACGCUGCGCAGCGAGGUGGUGACUCGACCGCGAGCACUGCAGCGUCCCAAGAACCACAACCGUCCAGUCAGCCGCCGGAUCCGUACGCAUGGUACAAUAACGAAAUCCAAGCACAGCAAACAGGGAAGCGGAACUUGCCCAAGCUGCCGGCGAUGGAGGCGCUAGAAGACCGUUUGCAUGAACUUGAAUACGAGCAAACGGCGCGGCAAGGACGGUGGCCCUACACAGAAUGGAUUUACAACGGGAUCAAGAGCGCGGUGUUGGGGCUCGGAAAUUUACCCACCUUGAUCCGCGAUUAUUUCUACGGCGAAAACAGCAGCGGGAACGAAAAUGGAGGAAAUCCUGACUCUGCUGCUGUUGGCUCAAGUUCCGCGAGUUCGAACGAUAAUGAGAACCAGCAGCAGGUCCGUGGUAGCUCGUCCACGACCACGGGAGCGCAGAACGAAAACUUCGCAGCAAACAGUUAUGACCAGCAGUCGAUGGCCCCGAAUUUCUAUCCCGCCUCGCAAUCAUCGUACAACUCUUACGCUCCACAACAGAAUACCGUACCCAGCGCUCCUUCCGACAAGAAAUCGAGCGCAUUCGCUCAACUUGAACACCCCGGCGUGCAGAGAUCGUUCGGCUCCAUGUUGCCGACGAAUUUCCUGGAGCUUGAGCACGUGAAUCUGCACAAGAAACGCAACGGCGCCCGGGAAUUAGUGUCGUUUCAAGAGCAAUUGCAGCAUCUCCAGGAGCUCGAAGAGCAGUUCUAUCCAGCGAGUGGCACGACCACCAGCGAAAGUCUGCAGGUGAAACCGGCACCAGCGAAGACAAAGCGUCGCCACCGGGGCCACUACUCCAGCGGCGGGGGCAUGUCUGCGAGGAGGAACAGCAACCACGCCGCGGUUUCCGAAGUUGCGGUUUUCGUCCCUCCCGAAGUAGAUGCAACAGAGCGUGCAGCGAGAGCAUCAAGUGUCAGGCACGCAGAAGAAGAGUCUUUUUCUCUUCUGGAACAACCAGGCAGCGGCCUUUCGCAGACCGACGAAUUGAUGAAGAUGUUUGCCGUGAGCAACAGAAAUGCGACAAACGGAACCGCAGGUGCAAAUGCCACUGCCGACGAUUCGUUUUCGAUCCCGACCAGCACCGACGAGGCAGAGGAGUUCCUGGACACCUGGUUUGGGAAGCUGGUGCUCGGCUUGGGGAUCACCGGCGGGGGUGUUUCCUUGACGGCCCUGAUCGCGGUCUAUACGUGUUACUCAAGGGUGGCGUGGCUCAUCCCCUACCUGUGCUACCCUUUCCGCUGCCUCUACUGCUUGUGUCAGUGCUGCUGUUCCACGGGCGGAGAGAAGGAACAGGCGGGGGCGCAGGAAGACGGGCCGGUCGAAGAAGUUUGAAGGAAGUAGACACGUAUACACCACUAAGUAAGAAGCUUUGUCUUGAAAAGGAAGCGACUAUGUAACAAACUAAAUGUACCGAAUAGGAGAUCAUAGCUGUGCCUGUAAUUUAUGACUUUUUCGUAAAAUCCAGAUGAGGAUACCCUAUCUAAGUGUAAGUGAUUUGUACAAAAUCCUAUUCCUUGUUCUGUAUGUAAGAUCCUAGAUCAAUGUACCUCCUUGAAGGCAAACAAAUUGAAUUCCUUGAUGAGUAGUAUUGUAUGUAGUGAGGUCACGAACGUUCUAAUCUAGUGGUUUUUUUGACAGGCAGUGCGCAAAACGACCGGCAGUUUUCAAGCGGCCGGAAGUGUUUUUGGGCAUAAAAAAUUUUCAAUUCUCAAGCGGCCGGGGCUUUGCCGUCAAACAAGCCCGAGCGGAUUCUAUCGAUUCCCGCUUGAUAAAACGACGCAGGGGAGCCGGCAAAAGGGGCGCCCUUCUGAGGCGCCCACCGCCUUAGUUUCUGGCGGUUUGGGCCGCCCAAAAAGGGGCGUUCAAAAAGCAGCAGUCCGAAAAAAACAGCGAAGCCGCAUGGUAUGGGCCCCAUUUUGGCCCACAUCCGGGCCGCCCAAAAGACGCCACCAAAAUCCGCCAUUUCAGAGGCGGACUUAAGGCCAGAAGAUGCGGCGUUUUAACAAAAAAAACCAAAAAAAACAAAGUCAGCCAAAAGCAAAAAGCGAAUCCGCAUGCUAUGGGCCCGAUUUGGGGGCCCAUGGGGCCGACCCGGGGGUGGGGCCUGGCGGGGCCAUAGCAUGCGGCGAAGGUUUUUCGAUUCGAAACCAAAUGGAGGCCAGUUCUGGAUCGACAUUUUUAGCGACCGCCGUGCCGUCGUGCAUAACAUUACUCACGAUGGCGCGGUGGGCAGAGAAGUCGCUUCUGUUUUUAGCGUGAAGACAAAAAAACCGCCAUGACCUCACUACCCCCGCUGAGGCGGCUA